AUGGGCAGGAGCCGACACGACCCAACUGGUCCAGGAGCGGCGAUGCCAUGGCAUAGCACCGGCUAUGGCCAUGGCUAUGACCGUGACUCUGACGUCUGGACUGCCUCCCCUCGGAGAUUGGACCCUGCCAGUCUCUCUUCCUCAUCCUCCUCCUCCUGGGGCUGCGAGCUCAGCCGCAACCCGACCUGCCCUGAUUCAGUUGUCUUGGAAAAUCCCAAACGACGAGCUCAUUCAAUUGACGGAGCACCGGCGAGUGCCUUGACGAUCUUCAUCGACAAUUUGCUUCUGUCGUCCUGCAAGGGCCCACCAAAUAAGCUCAACAGGCCCCCACGCCUGCCCACACCACGACCGGUUCACAGGAGAGCAGUGAAGAACGAUUUCUCAGACUAUCCCUCUGGCACGCAACAAUGCCUGAACGAUGCAUCGGACGACUCACGUUGCAGCGGCAACACGGUGCCCCAGAUGAACCAAUGUCUUUGCGGCAACGGUGGGGAUUUUGUGACCAAUUCCGCGAAAUGCAUCGCAGCAAAAGAUCCUGACGAUCUGGAAAGCACCUGGGAGGUCUUGAGUUUGCAUUGCUCCGAUUCAAACACGCCACUGUCCAUCUCCAAGAACGAAUGGAUGGCCCAACAGUCAAGCAUUUCGACGUCUUCCACAGCGAGCAGGACCACCAGCAAGACGGCUACAACAAGCAUGAUGACUACAACUAGCGCAGGGCACACCACCACUGCGACAGUAACAAGUACGCCGACACCAACGUCGGACCCGGCUGCAGAAGACAACGACAGUGGUCUUUCCGGCGGCGCAAAAAUCGGGGCCAUCGCGGGGUCAGCUGCUGCGGGAGUUGCGCUCCUCGCCGCCGCGCUCUUCUUCUUUUGUCGCUACCGGAAACGCAGAAGUGGCGCCGCUUAUGAAGAGGUUCAUGCCAUGGGCACGCAAUCACCAUUCAAUCGCAUUAGCAAGGAGCCCGCACCCUUCGGAGCCUCCGAUGCGGGCGGACACCCGAGUUACCACUCAAUGACGGCCUCAGAUUUGGAAAUCCCGUGGUCGCCGGGUGCGUUCGAAGCCGUCAAACAUCACCCCGGUUUUGGGAAUUUGCCGGCAGAGAUCCAUGAGAUGUCAACAGAUAGCGAAAGACCAGUCUCCAUGUCGCCGUCUGCUCCUGUGGAAAUGCCGGCAAUAUCGGUGACCUCGCCUACUGUAUCACCAACUUCCAGAUAUUCGGGAGCGGAUUGGGACGCUCAGUUGCCCCAGGAGCCGAGACGUUAUGAGCCGUACCGGCCAGCACGGUGA